AUGACACGGGACCCAUAUGAAGCUGAUUUAGUUGCUGCCAUGCCUCCACAUCUGCUAGAUCAUCAGGCGCAGUGGCGUUCUAGGGUCCCCCUGAUCUGUUUUGAGGUCGUCGUGGGUCACCUACCAGAUCGAGUCAUGCGACAGUUUGGACUACGACAGACUGUCCCCCAGCAGUGUGACACUAGUGCCCGGCUGCACCGCAUUGACCGUCGGGGAAAGAGCGACAGGAACUGGCGGACGGAGCAUGCCCAGUACAUUGACUUGUGGCAUCGACGGUUGGAGUUCGUCGUCACUGGUGACCCCAUCCACGGCGUUAUGGAUCCAUACGAUCCAUACAUGGAGUGGUACAUGCGGAUUACACGACGUUUCAUCAACCCCAGCUACACACCGCCAUCCGCACAUUACCAUCCAUCCUUUGACGUGAUCAGGGGAUAUGCGUUGGAUAUGACGGCGAUGGUUGACGCACUGUCGGACGUCCUUCCAGGCAUACCUGAGCCGCCCAGAGCACAGGUCGAGCGGGUGCGAGAUAUGGGCAUGGCUACCUUGCAGAGAUAUGGUCACGCCUAUCUCGUCCACCCCCGGGACGAUCAUGGCGGCCACUCUAGUCACUCACAGUUCGAGGCUGGCCAGAGUAGCUGUGGGGGUGAUCCUUCGUCAUUCACGGGCGCAGAGGAGUACGACAUUCGCAGUUCCGCGCCCCUACGUCAUCCUGAUGACCCAUCUUCCAGCCAGCUGACUCCGCCAGUACGCCCGAACCCAUUUACCACGGUCCGUCACUACACCCGUCGUCAAAGGCCGAGAGUGGACAUACAGGAUAGAGAGCCGUUAUACCAAAUUGAUGAGUUAGAAUAG